GAGGCGCCACCUCUGCCUCCACCCCCACUGGGAAAGGAGCUCGAGGUGAACAGGAGGUGUGGAAAGGCGAGAGGAAGCAGGAGCUCGUCCCUCCUCCCAUGGCUGCCUCGUGGAUCUGGAGUACAAGGAGGACGACACGUGCCUGUUGCAGGCGGCUUGAGCGACGCGAACCAGGGUGCUUUGGAUGGUGGUCUUGAUAUUCCGCACAGUGACAAGAGAUUUGGUGGCUUCAAGAAGGAUGAGAAGCAGCUGGACACUAAGAUUCACCUCAAAUUCAUUUAUGAAGAUCAUGUUGUUGACUGCAUGAAGCUGAUGAGGAGCCUGAGAAAUGCCAAUUUCACUUUAGUGGGUACAUCAAGAAGGGGAUUGCGGCUGAUGACAUGGAAGCACUGUACAAGAAGGUUCAUGCUGCCAUUUGUGCUGAUCCUACCAUGGCAAAAUCAACCAAGGAACCUCCGAAGAAGCACAAGAGGUAUAAUCUCAAGAAGCGUUGAGCAUCGUUGUGUCGGACGUGACGGACGCUGCCAGGUCCGCGCUGACAUCGUGCUCAGGGAGCCUAGCCUCUUUGUCGUGUUCUCCAUCUUGCAGUGCAUGAUGAACUACAUUGUAGAGGUUUCAAAAUGUAUCCAAGAUUGCAGGAAGUUAAUUACACCAUCAGUGGAAGAUGGACAUAGCCCCUCAGAAUUGGUUAGCAUUAACUAUAUACCAUUUACUAUUGGCUGGGACCCAUGGAAGCAUGAGGAACUGGUCCGCAACGUCUUCCAGUGUACGCGUACACACAAUUCGCUUUCCUUUUCUUUUCAAACUUUUUAUAGAUGAUGUGGUUGAGUUACUAAGCCUCUUCUUGCUGUGUCGUCUGCGAGGCCGAAGGGUGUGAGCAAUUUAACUGAGGCUGAUGCAAUCUUUGGACCAGUAGUGACGCCAGUGCCUGUAUAUCCCAUGACUGGUUCUUUCAGCUCAAUAUCCAUACACUACUUGUUUGUAUUCUGUAUUCCAGUGCAAAUUAUGAUUGUUGCUAAACACUUCUGCAUUUUUUGUUGAAACAUUGAUUAGGUGCUCCAAGAAUGUAUGUGAGCUUGACAUUGUAUUUAACUUCAUCAAGAUGAUGUGGUUGAGUUACGAAGCCUCUUAUUGCAGUGUUGUCUGCAAGGCCGAAGGGAAGUUAUUAAUGCAUUUGAGCUGCUCUAUCUGAUUGCUCAUCUCCUGAACCUGUUUUAGUUGAUAUAAAAGUGUUCUCUAUUUCAGAAAGCCAGAACACGAGAUUGUGCCCCCUCUUGCUCCAGGCUAUUCCUCAUGUUGCAACCUUUUCCCAUAGAAUUGAAAGGAAGAUGGAAGAAAUUGCAGGAGGAAUGGUGUUUCCAGCAUGACAUUCAAAACCAGUCAAGACUAUAAAGGGGCUGUGAAGGACGAAAUGCUAUGGAUCCAGAGUGGGAGGGGAGAGUUACCAACAAUGUAUCAAGGAUAAACCGUGACAUGGAUUCCUAACUUCCAACUUACAUAGCAAAAUUAUAUAGGGAGAAUGCCUACAUUUUGAAAACUCUAUUACAUAGUUUGAAGCUAUGUUUCUUUCAAUUUUCAUUAUUAAAAGGAUCCUUCUUAUUGCUAAUUUGUCAAGCAUCUAUUGUCGAAUAACUCUUUGCUUCAAAUGAGACCUGUGGCGCAAGGGGUAAUACAUCUUAUUGUACA